AUCCAUCAAGUUGACAUGUUUAUGUAACGAUACAUGUAUAUAAGCAAUGCGUGUUGGACACUAAAAAACAACGAGGAUUUAACACAUAGGAGGGACGCUAGAGGUUUAUCUUCUGGGACCCCUUAGUGAUGGGGUCCUAUCCGGAUGAAUUUGGACGGAUUUUGUCAUGUCUUGGACACGUUGUUAGUUAUCUGGAGAAUUACAUGGAUUUAGAAGUAUUGCAUUUACAACUAAUUUAAAGAAUUAUAUGGAAUUGGAAACUUAAUUUUAACAAUUGAAUAAAAAGCAAAGAACUAUCCAUCGAGUUGAUUUAUGUAUGUGUUGUUAUGGCACACAAACAUACAUGCAUACAGGAACGGGGAUUUAACAAAUGUCGCAAAGAAGAAAAGCGCGUGUACUAAACCACUGCGCUUAGUAGACAGUCGCAUGUCAUUCCUAUUAUCGAUGUCCUACAUCCUGUGUUUGGUCAGUAUCUGCGUGGUUCUGGUGGAUGUCGGUACUAUCCACGCAACGACGACAUCGAACAUCGUCCACGCAGCGACGAACAGCAUCAACGCAACGUCGUCGACGCCGAAUGAAGACCAUCAACCUGUCCAAAGAGACUCUGCCCGGGGUCCUAUGUGCAUGGACUGCAAGCGUCUACCAUCCCCCAGCCACUGUAACCACGUUAUCAGGUGUUCAGAACACGAGGUUUGUCACGUGACCCAAUUCGUGUCCGACGGAGGGCACGUGUUUUAUGAUACGGGCUGCCAGGCUUCUAAUCGAUGCCCAGUUAACGACUGGGUUAAUGACUCCAUGGUCAUUCGUCGAACCUCGGGGGACAUUGAAACGUGCAUUGAAUGUUGCCAAGGCAACUACUGCAAUCUCCAGGGAUGCGGUUCACAACCUAUACCAGAUAUCAACAUCCGUGGACCAAUGUGUUUCCAAUGUGAUGUACAGGACACUCUUGAUUCCUGUGAGACCGUGGUCAACUGCGGACCGACCAACGAAUGUUUCCUGUCUACCCUAGUCAUCCCUCUUACCAACGAAGUGAAGUAUACGAGUAAAUGCAUGACCACUAGCGCGUGCGAUACACUGCGCAGUUCCGGACUAAUUGGGAGGAGAAGCACUGCGUGUUUUGGCUGCUGCCAGGAAGACUUCUGUAACACCAAUUGCUCUCGAGCACAUUGGGUGGUCACCGGAUCCACAUCCACAACCGAAACUUCAACCACUCCAACCAAGCCUCAAACAGCACCGCCCACAACCACCCAUUUGACCGUGCCAUCCACAACAGAGGCGACCACCACUACCACCCCCACCACAACCACCCCCACCACCACUAUCGCCCAUACAACAACCCUCCGAUUGUCUCAAGAGCAGGUUUGUAGAAACGCUGGCUACAGAUACAUAAACGUAACCGUAUCCGACAAAAUCUAUCACUACUGUGUGCGCGUGCGCAAUGACAUACAGUUGUCAUGGCAUCAGGCCCAUAGCACCUGCAUAUACGAUGGUGGAAAUCUCGUUGUGUUCCACGACAAAGACGAGGGAAAAGCCUUCGACAUAUGGCUCCAUUCACUUAAAAACCUUGAUCGUGCUUGGGUUGGGGCCACGGACGAGGGCAGUGAAGGCAACUGGACGUGGGUGGACGGCGUGGCAAUACGGGCGGACUAUUUCGGGCCGGGGGAGCCAAACGAUGCUGGAUGGUUAAACGGAAAACAUGAACACGAGAAUUGCGCGGAGGCUCACUAUUACGAUCAACAGAAUCGCAUGCUUUUGAUCGACAAUAUGUGCGAAGUUUUGUCGAACUUUAUUUGCGAAAUAAAGCUAUAAGCAACCA